AUGCAGCCAAGUCUGCAGAAGUUGCUACAAAAGCGCAUCUACGAUGUGCUCUCUCAUAAGUAUGGUCUGUGUUUGAUUGUCGCUGGCUUAUUCUUCUGUAUCGGCAGUCUCUUCAUGUUCGGCGAGGCUUUGAUGGAAUGGAGCAGAGACAAAUAUGCUGCUGUUUUCAAUUCUUUCAGUGAGAACAUUGCUGGUCGCUCUUUCCAGAAUAGGCUAUGCCUCCCGGUGCCAAUAGAUGUGGUGUACACCUGGGUAAAUGGCUCUGAUCCUGAACUUUUAAUGAACCUGAAACGAUACAAGCUGGAACUGGAGAAAGAACUAAAUGUUUCCAAGUCAGGACCAGGAAAAAAGAAAAAUGAGGGGAAGUGUACGUUCUCCCAGUGUGUCCAGGUGAGAUCUGUAGUGCUGGACCCUGAGCUCAGAGGGACGUACACAGUGGACACCCUGAGGAGUACGGCUGAUGCAUUCAGGGAGGCUGUGGAAAUGUUCAAGGUGUCUUAUCCUAUAGACAACAAACUUAACUAUACUGUGGUGACCUUCGGCACUGAUCAGCAAGUGAUGAAGGUUGCCAACCUCAGCUAUAUUGUGAUAGAUGGCCAGAACCACACCAUCAACAAGGCCUAUAUUACAAGUGACUGGACAGUGGAACACAGCGUUCUGCUCCAUGACACCAUCAUCAUGUCAGGUUUCCCCCACAAGUACACACCACAGAGGUUGAAAGACAGCAUACCUGAGAAGUACAGGAAAGGAAUAUCCAAGAUUGAUCUUCAUGAGGAUAAGGGCCUUGCAGUUCUCUAUGUACCAGUGCGAGCCGACUUUGAUGCCUUACUAGAGCUAACAAACCUGACUCUUGAAGGGAAGUCACCAACCAUGAAUGCCGCUAACCUGAUAUGGGAUAUGUCUGAGUCAAUACAUGGUGAUGUUGCCAGCGCUAGCCGAUUUGAGGACAAUGAGGAACUGCGCUACUCGAUCCGCUCACUGGAGAGGUUUGCACCGUGGAUACGUCACGUCUAUAUCGUCACCAAUGGGCAGAUCCCGUCCUGGCUGAACAUGGAUCACCCUCGGGUUACCAUUGUCACACAUCAGGAGAUCUUUGUGAACCAGAGUCACCUGCCCAGUUUUAGCUCACCUGCCAUAGAGAGUCACAUCCACAGAAUACCUGGCCUCUCCGACAAGUUCAUCUACCUCAACGAUGAUGUCAUGUUUGGUAAAGAGGUCUGGCCGGAUGAUUUUUACACACACUCUCGAGGACAAAAGGUUUACCUGAGUUGGCCUGUACCCAACUGUCAGGAGGGUUGUCCGUCUAACUGGAUUCGGGAUGGCUACUGUGAUAAAGCUUGUAACAACUCGCAGUGUGACUGGGAUGGUGGUGAUUGUGAAGGAUCAAAAACUGGGGGCGGUCAGGGCGGUGGGAAUGGUGGCUUCUACUUCAACAACAACAAGCAGGACUCUUCCAAAUUGUACUGUGCUAGUGGAUGUGCCAAUAACUGGAUAGCUGACAAAUACUGUGAUCAGUCAUGUAAUGUCCAGAACUGUGGCUUUGAUGCGGCAGACUGUGGUACUGAGAACUUCCACCAACUCUACGGGAUACAGUUUGAAGCUGAUAAGAAAGAGUACUUUAUCCCUCAAGGAGAGUUUGUAUUCUUCUUGAACUUGAGCAGCUUGUUGGUAGACGAUGCUGUGAUAACGCAGGCCAGCUACAACCAGUCUGAGGCACUGCGUACUGCCGCGGUGGCCAUCAAGUUCAAAGUGAUGACUGUGGUCCUACACGAGAACCACAACAAAACCAGGCUGUCCUUCCACCUGAAGGGUAACAGAGGAGAUGAAACCAGUAUGUUCGAGUACAACUUCACCAUGGUGGUUGACCCAAAAGUCAUUCCAAAAGCUGACAAGAAUGACACCCAUGUGGCAGCAAAAGAAGGCAAGAAAGAAACUGUGGCUGACAAUAGCACAGAAAUUGUCAAAGCUAUAAAUGUUACAGACCAGCCAGUGUUUGUAUUUGAGGAUAUCCCACAGAGAGAAAGGGCACCACAUAUGAAGUUGGACAAAGUACAUGUAGAUGUGCCAGACCGUAACAUAAAGUCCGUGAAUCUGUCCGCCCUUGAGCUGCCAGAGGACCUGAAGGCUGAGUGGGAGGAGGCUAAGGCACAGUUUGAUGAGGGCGAUAUUACAGAGAAAGGUUUCAACCAACUUAAGUCGUCCAUUUGGCAGAAACUGAAUUCACAAAAACAAGCCAGAGCAUCUGAUGCUGCUUUUGAUGAACAGGUGCUGAAGAAUAACCUGUUUCACGGGGAACAGCAGCGGGGGAAGGAGCAAGUGCAUGAAGUGAAGGAGACAAAGAUAGGCAAGGAGCAAGUCCAGAAAGACGUGUCACACCUGGCCAAGGAACAAGUGCAGACUGGUAAGGAUUCGCAGCUGGGCAAGGAAGCAGUACAGGAUGGGAAGGAGUCACGGCUGAGCAAGGAUCCAGUACAGGAUGGCAAAGAGUCACAGCUGGGCAAAGAACCAGUGCAGGAUGGGAAGGAGUCACAGCUGGGCAAGGAUCCAGUACAGGAUGGCAAGGAGUCACGGCUGGGCAAGGAUCCAGUGCAGGAUGGGAAGAAGUCACAGCUGGGCAAAGAACCAGUGCAGGAUGGGAAGGAGUCACGGCUUGGCAAGGAUCCAGUGCAGGAUGGGAAGGAGUCAGAAGUGGGCAAGGAGCAAGAAAAGGGAGAGGAAAAAUUGUAUGAUAGAGACGAGCGAGUCCAUGGAAGUCACCGCUCUCUGCUCUCCAUAAUCCAAUCAAACAGGCCAGAGGGAUGGACCUCAGAUCUGUUUCCUAACUAUGGACAGCCAUUUCACUCAGCUUCCUCUAACACAUCAAACAAGGGAGACAACCUUCCACCAGGUGUGGCAUUAGAAAACCUGUUCAAGCCUGGAGGUUUCAAAUGGGAGCGAUCAGGGAUGUUUGUAGAGUUACAGAAGAAAAAGGCUGAACUAAUGCAACAGCAGGAGUACACGUCAAAUGGCCGGACAUCAGGCAGAUCACUAUCCCAGUUUGCUGACUCACUUCGCCAUGUCAACAAGAUAUAUAACAAAGUGUUUGGAUACUCGGCCAGAAAGGUUCCCUCCCACAUGCCACAUAUGAUUGACAAGCACAUUAUGACAGAAUUACACAAAAGGUUCCCAGAGGAGUGGGAUGUGACCUCCGCUCACCGUGUCCGCAGCUCCACUGACAUGCAAUUUGCAUUCUCCUACUUCUACUACCUGAUGGGAGUGACGAGGAAUGUCACAGCUGCAGAAAUCUUUGAUAUGAUGGACACGGAUAAAUCAAGGGUGUUAUCUGACCGUGAGAUCCGUACACUGGCCACAAGAUUGUACAGUCUGCCUCUAGACCUGCAGACUUUGACAGGCCUGGAGAAUGUUAUGAUGAACUGUUCCAAGUAUUUACCUGAGCAGCUAACCAAGGAAGUGCCAGAGCCCCCUAAAGAGAGCUACUAUGUGGCAGACAUGCCUCAAGUCACCCGAAACCUCUUCAUUAACUGUGAGGAGAUUAAAGAACUGCUAGCUAAGAACUUCAAACCUCAACCUCUGUACCAGUAUGAAGUGGUGGGCGAUGACUCUGAAGUGGCCUUCAAAAUGAUCAAAACCAAUGUGUCAAGUGUGGUUGGCCAGCUGGAUGAUAUUCGCAAAAACCCAAAAAAAUUUAUUUGCUUGAAUGAUAACAUAGACCAUGAAUCUGAGGAAGCAAAAACGGUUAAAGCAGUCCUUGUGGAUUUUUACGAGUCCAUGUUCCCAAUCCCCUCCCAGUUUGAGCUACCACCAGAUUAUAGGAACCGAUUUCUCAGCAUGAACGAACUGAGGGAAUGGAAGAAAUAUCGGGAUUGGCUGAAAUUUUGGACUAAUAUUGCCUUGGUAUUGUUGGUGCUGUUUGCCAUCAUAUCCUUCUUUGGAGACAAGAUUGAAGCAGUCCAGCGUCAGUACAGUCGCCGCCGGCAACCCCGCCCUGCAGACACACCUGGUGACAGUGACAACCCCAGCCCUAGCAGCAAAGACACAGUUCUGGAUGUCUGACGGUUCCUACUCUGGCUUGUCUCCCCUGAUAUUCUCUUGGGCCUUGUUGUCAUGGCGAUGGUUAUCAUUCUCUUGAUGCUCUUGAUGGGAUCAAAGGCCUUGUAAAAAGCAACCUAAAUAAUCCUCCGUGUCUAGGAACUAAACAUUGUUACACAUACUCAGCCCAGUCAGGUCAUAGUUUUAUAUGGUUGGCAUAGACUGACAAUACACAGUGCCAAAAAUGAAAUACAUGAUAAGAAAUUUCCAUUCUUCUAUAGGUCUAUUUUAAUUUACAUGAACAAUGCUUUGCUCAAUUAACGCUAUACUUGGUCACUCUUUGUCUGUGCUUGUUAUUUGACAUGUAGCCUUUUUUCUUUUGGAAUUCUAUUACUUUUACAUAAUCUUUGCAUAAUAAUGUCUUAGAUUGAUGAUAAACAUAUCCAAGAAGGAUUUUUCCGUCUUUCAUACCACUGCAUGUACAUGUGUUUUAUUCAAAUGACCUCCACUUAUGUUGUUGUCUUAGUCAAAUAUAUUUAAAUGUUCUUGUUCAGGAGCAGUUCAUUCCUGUGUGCUCGUCAUAAGGCUGGGUUUAUCCAAGCAAUUCCUUCUUUAGGGGUCCAAAAUGUGAUAAUUGUCCUUUGUGUCUGCA